UCAACAGACUAUGGAACCUCAUAUGAGAAACUUAAUGAAAAGGUUGGACCAAAAACCAUACUAAGCUACUUGUACGUGAGUCCGAAUAACAAACGGAAGGUAUGUCCUCAUACAUGUCUUACCAUGUACCAUAACAUAACCAUAUCUGUUUGUUGUCCUUAACCCUUACAAAAAACACGUCUUAUUUGCAGUUUCAUAUAAGAAAAGCGCAUUUUCACAUGUUGAGCUUAAAUUUCAGGGCAGGUCUCAUAGAUUAGACGUAACAUAGUAAAUGUAAAUCCGGGACACUCAAAUUAGUAUCAGAUGUUACGUUUGGUAAGGUUACAUAAGACAGAAGGUUACUUCAACCAAAAACAAAAGUAUGGUGGUUGGUCGGGGUGGAUGGGUAAGCGUAUAACGUUAAUUUCUAGGAACCCAAAGGUUGCGUGUUCAAAUCUCAUCACGGACAACUUUAGCAUUUUAGCUAAUUAGAAACUGUGUAACUACUUAAUACUUUUUAGCUACUCAAAACAACUUAGCAUGUUAGCCAACCCUUCCCCUAACCUUAACCCUUUAACCUAACUCCUAACCCUAACCUUAACUCUAACCUUAACCCCUAAACCCUAGCCUAGCUAACGUUAGACGCCUAGCUAACAGCAUUAGCAACAACAAAUUGGAAUUCAUAACUUAUCAUACGUUUUACAAUUUCGUAGCAUGUCAUACAUACCAUAGCAUACGGAACGUAACAUAUCAUACUAUUUCGAAUGUCCCGGAUUUACAUUUACUAUGUUACGUCUACCUCUGAGUCCAGGUUAACAUUUCACCUGUGACACCACCUGUAUUACAUUUAGAGUUCACAUGUUAACACCACCUUUUCUUGUGAGAAAAAAAAGAUGUUUUCACCUCAUGUGAAUUGCAGUUGCACAUUUCAAAUGUGCAGUUUCACAUGUAAGAAAACUACACGUGAAAAUCUAACAAAUUCACAUGUGGUGGUGAAAUAGCAGUUACAAAGCACACAUGUGAAACGUAUAAUAUCACGUGAAAUGUUGGGAAACCAUAUGUAUCUGAGUCAUGUGAAACUUCACACGUGUCUGAACACCACGUCUGACUCGCGUGUCUGUUUUUCCCAUGUUACAUUUUUCAUGUGAUUUGUUCUCGUGUAAAAUGUAUGUGCAAUGUCACACGUGUCCAAAAACCAUAUGUGUCUUACUCGUCAAAAUUUCACGUGCAAAUUUUUUAUUUUAUUUUCACGUGAUUUAUUUCAUGUGUUAUUUUUGUACGGGAAACUCUUAACAAUAGUAUAAUUAUCAAGUUGAAUCAUUACGGACAUGAAUGGAUAAUAAUAAUUAAUGCUAAAUGUUGUGAUUUAUAAAUCUCUCCUCUCGUCUCCUGACCUGUCCUCUCUCAUCUCAGAUCAUGUUACUGACUGACCUGGAGGUGGAGAGCAGCCUGCUCAUUAGCCUUGAUGAGGGUGCAUCCUAUCAGAGGUACCACUUAGCCUUCGACAUCAUCAGCCUCCUCUUCCACCCCGAGCAGGAGGACUGGAUCCUGGCUUACAGCCACGACCAAAAGGUAAAUUAUAACUGAGGAGUGAGGAGGGGGGAGAAAACACACACAACUUGAUUGAGGUAAGGGUCUUGUUAAUGCUAGUGAGUCUAUUGACCUUAUUGACAUUAACAAGAUGUUUACUUCAACUGUAGCUGUGUGCUCUACACUUCUGCCUGUUCUUUCAUUAGCAUCAUUGUCUCCCAGAGGGGAAAGCACCUCCCACCUCUUAGUAGCCGACACAUCAAUGUACUAUGUUCAGAGUAGUGGACUUCACUUCAAGAGACAUCUGUCACCCAAGCCAUGACAGCUCUGGCCAAAGUCUAGACAGCUCACCACAUGUUCUCCCAAACAGGCCACAUGGUCUGGCUUGAGAGUCCAAACUAGAGAUGUGUUAGUUAAUGUCCCAAACAGGAGACCUGAGACCACACUUAUUAUUCUCAAGGAGAACCCAACUGUUUGUUUUAUUCAACACAACAGAGAUCAAACUCUCCCCUCCCAUCCUGCUAUUGACUUGAUUAUGAGAGAGAGUGCAGUCAAAGGCUGAGAAGUAAGAUAAAUGGUGAGGUGGAGCGAUGAGAUGCUUUAUUGAGAGCCAUCAAUAUGGUUGAAAUGAAGAAGCUGGGGAGAAGUUAUCCCUGAGUUCACUCCAUAUCUUUCUGUUAAAAUAAAGAUGUGGUUGUUUUCCUCUCUGUAUGGUUUCCUUGUUCUGUUUCUAUUUUUAUAUUCAAUCAUUUAUUUGCUGUAUUUUACUGUGCAAUAGUAUUGACUGUUAUAGCAGGAUGGAUGACAUGUAUUUUGAGAGCUUGGAUAACAGCCCUACUCUACUGAAAGAGGGAGGUCAAUAGCAUAAUGCAAAGGGAUUAUACUGAUGGUUAAGUGUGUCAUUUUAUAAUGUAAAUUAGGGAACAAUCCUAUGGCGGUAGACAGGUACCACUGGGAGCCAAAACGAGCCUGUCAUAAUAAAAAAGUAUCUCUCUCUCUCUCUCUCUCUCUCUCUCUCUCUCUCUCUCUCUCUUCUCUCUCUCUCUCUCUCUCUCUCUCUCUCUCUCUCUCUCUCUCUCUCUCUCUCUCUCUCUCUCUCUCUUUCUGUCUCAAACAGUCACAAAGCAUUAAAUCAUUAACUCAAAUAUGAAGUACUCUUUUCAAGCCUUCUUUAAAGCUUCAACUGUACAGCACUCAUAACAUAAACAUUCAAACUAAGUGCUCUAAAGUGCAGUGCAAAACCAGAAAAAACAUGGCAAUAUAAUUGAAAUGUUGUAUGAGCCUCCAUGAGACUUACAUGACAGUCCCUAAAAUGGGGCAGAGAAUUCUCCAGGUCUGAUGUUUCCUUCGUUUGAACUCUUAGUUUGAACUCUGGAAUAAAAUGUUCUGCUUUCUCUUCAGAUUUUUUAAACUCUGGAAUGUUUUUUUCUUGCAGCUCUAUGUCUCUGUUGAAUUUGGAAGAAGAUGGCAGCUCGUGCAUGAGAGUGUAGUCCCCAACAGAUUUUACUGGUGAGAGUAAAAAUCUCUUUCUAUCAUCAUUGGACACAUACUUAAAGUCUCUGUAAUACAAUAUUCAUACAAAGUACCACACUUUCCUCUACAGAUAGCAUUUUGAACUGAUAGCCCAUCAGAAUUGACACAUUGAAUUUAAUCUCUUAAGAAGUACCUGCUAGUACCUGAGUUGAACUCAAUAGAUGGCAUAUAGUAGAUACAAUUAUGGUCCUGAUGAACAAAUGAAUAGUUGAAGUAGAUAUUCGUACACACUUUUGUUAAGGUCCAACAGUUGUGCUUAAGAAAUAAUGUAUUUAGUACUGGUCACUAAUCUACAUUAUUUGCCAGACAUACAGUAACUUAAUGCAGUAGUGCCUGUUGCCAGAUUAUGAUAAUAUGAAUGUGUUUUUACAAAACAUAAUAAUUUAUAUUUUACAAGGUAGCAAGGGAGAUCAAUACUUUUUGUGUGAUUAGGUAGCCUUUAACGUUUUGAUAAAUAACACCAUUAGGACAACAUCACCUCUUAAAGUGGAUGACUCAAUUAGAAUACCUUAAUUAGGUCAUAUUUCACAUUUACUAAUAACUUAUUUCACAAACAUUGUCACUUGGGAACAAAUUAUGAUAAAGUGCUUUUUAGCCCAAAACAGGAGCCAAAGAAAGAUGCAGUGGAAGCAAUGUACCAUCAAAUUAAAGCCAUUAUUGGCCUCUUGUGCUAAACAGUUGAUAUAUUUGCCCUAAGAUUUCCUGGUGGAGAUGAUACAACAGUAGAGCUGGAUGCAAUAUUGAGUGACACAUUAGCUUCUUAAUUAGUCAUAUGAUUAAUUAAUACUAGUUUGCAAUUACUUAUCAACCUGUGGUCACAAAUUUACAGUAUGUGUGUGUUGUGUAUGGAGGUACAGUAUACGUACAGGUUGUGUGUAUAGAUGGGUUGGUUGUUUAGCAACAAUACCGACACGUGCGCAUCUAGGGGGCAAAACGGUGUUGGCUUAGAUUGUUGAAAUGUUAAAACUAUAUUUAGUCUCCAAAUGUUUGUUGAAAACAUAAAUACAUUUGCACAAUGAGCACUUGUUGUCUCUCAAAUACAUCGUUACAGUUGUUGGUUAGCUAGCUAGCUAGCGGAUUUUAUCCAUGUUAGCAUUGAAAUGAAAUCACUCAAAACACCUCAAAACAAGACAUGGUAUCAAGAACAAGAUAAAACUAGCUGAAACGAGCCACCUACGAUUCCCCACAUGGCAGCUUUUUGUAUUGUUGCUAGCUAUCUGACCGUUCAGAAUCAUAACAAAGCACGGCUUCCAGCCCCAUCGAUGCACGUGCAUCAUUUCCGUGAUGUUGUCAGCCAACCCGUCUAUAGAUCUACAUUAUGCAAUAUUGUGCAAUAUUGCUGCUUUCAAUUCCAUGUAUCUGCUUUCCUUUUUAUAGUAUUGAUGAAAUAUAAGUGAUUUGACGUCUUUUGAUACAGUAUUGGUUAAUGUCGUUGAUCUCAUAUAGAGAGGACAAGGACACGUCAUGUGUUAUAGAGGUCACUGGUGAGUGACAGAGGGUCGGUGUGCCAAGAUAGAUUGGGGGCCACUUGUGCUAAUCUUAGAAGGAGUACGCGAUGGAAUUGCCUGGCUAGGGUGCCACAAGAUACCAUGUAUGGGGUUCCUAUUGCAGGAGAUAAGUGACACUCAAUGAUGGUUGGCAGCUGAUGGACAGAAGUAGCUCGGAAGGCAUUAUAUAAACUGAGAGAUUUGUCUAUGUAAUUCAUUCAGAUGACAAGAGGCUACGCACGUACCGCUUGUCAUUGAAUCCAGUACUGUAACCAUUAAAUUAUGACUGAAUCAACUCCCCAUAUCAGUGGUUGACUACUCUCUUGCAUCCUGAACUUCUCGAUACCAGAAACCCAUCAUAACAAUAAGAUGUAUUGGUUAACUUUAGACCGCUUGGGUUUAAAUAUCUAUUCCAUAUUUCAUUGUUGUUUUCAACUUCAAUGAUCAUGAUAUUAUUGUCAUCAAUUAUAAAAUUGUCCUCUCAGAGGAAAACAGAGGUGUAGGCCCUCUUCCCAAGCGUUUAUUAUCUGUUUUGUUUGUGGAAUGAAUAUUACAUUUAGGUAGGGCAUGCAUAUUUCAGCAAGGACAAAAUACAGUUAAUAUUUUCAGUUCAUUUACUCUUCAUAUAUUUUGCUGCUCCAUAUACUGCAGUUUAUGUUACAGUAGCCUCGACUUGGCAGAGUUACACCAUCAACCUGUUAACAAGCAACAUAGCUCACACAAUGCAGGCAUGUAGUCCAUACAUUCCAGAGUGAUAGAAGAACAUAUAAGGAGCCUGUUUAAGAACAUGGGGCUGCUGUUCUCCAAUAGAAGAGGAUGAAGUAUUUGACAGGAAGUCCAUUAAAAAAAGAUGGAGCAGAAAGACAAUUACAGAGUGCUGAGGGAAGCAGGAUGGGCCCUUUUUUAUUAUGUCUCAGACACUGACACAGUAUGGAAAGUGAGGAGAAACCCAUCUUCUUCCACACUUAGCUAGCUGCUAUUAAUGCAACAAGUGGUCACGCUUGUCGCUCUGCACUUAACCGCUGCCUCCCAGUCGUGGCUAUUUUGAAAGAGGAUGAAAUGGCUCUGAGGCACCUUCCCUCUGAAUUACCCCACAGGCCCAGUGAUUGAUGGGGCCAUGUUUGUGGGUGUCACAGAUUCUGCCGAGACUGCCCUUCCUUCUGGCUCGGGCAGGCUUCGGCGUUCGUCGUCACUGGAGUACUAGCUGCUGCCACUCUAUGUUAUAUGUUUCUAUGUUCAUUUGAUUGUUGUCUGUUGUUGCACACCUGUUCCCUAUUAUGUUAGUUUGUCUUCCCUAUUUAACCUGUUCACGUCCACUGUGUGGUGUGCGUGUUUAUUGGAUUGGACGAGUGUCAUUUUGUGAGCGGGAUUGCUCCUCCCUUGUUGUUGGAGGUUUACUUGUAUUUCUUUACUUCUCAGUAAAGUGGUUCUUCAUCUCAUUCUGUGUCCUGCGCUUGACUCUGGCCUACCGCAUUCCACCGACAUUCGUGAGAGUGGGAAAUGUUUGUUGUCGUUGUUAUAUUUUCAACAAGAAAGGGAUCAACAUUUCAAGCAGUUAGGUUCCCUAUUAUAAUUUCAUUUAAUCAAAAUAAACAUUGUCUUCCUUCAAAUGUCUUCCAACAUGACUCUCUAGAAAGCUAAUGUUUUAAUAGCGCGAUUGAACAGAGGGGUUGACAUUUGUAAAUGAGUAUCUCUGUUCUGAGUUCUGCUUUUGAUACAUUUCUCUUUCUCUCACUUUUUUUAUGACUUUGUGAAGCACUGUCACAGGAUCCUUUUGGAAUAGAAGAGAACAAACAGAAUGAUUAUUAAUGUUUCCCAUACAGUUUGACAUCAGCGUGCCUUUCUUGAUCUUUUUAAACAGAUUAUUUAUUUAAUCACAAGGCACACCUACAGUAUACUCUUCAAUGAACAUAUACAGUGGGGAGAACAAGUAUUUGGUACACUGCCGAUUUUGCAGGUUUUCCUACUUAUAAAGCAUGUAGAGGUCUGUAAUUUUUAUCAUAGGUACACUUCAACUGUGAGAGACGGAAUCUAAAACAAAAAUCCAGAAAAUCAAAUUGUAUGAUUUUUAAGUAAUUAAUUUGCAUUUUAUUGCAUGACAUAAGUAUUUGAUCACGUACCAACCAGUAAGAAUUCCGUCUCUCACAGACCUGUUAGUUUUUCUUUAAGAAGCCCUCCUGUUUUCCACUCAUUACCUGUUUUAACUGCACCUGUUUGAACUUGUUACCUGUAUAAAAGACACCUGUCCACACACUCAAUCAAACAGACUCCAACCUCUCUACAAUGGCCAAGACCAGAGAGCUGUGUAAGGACAUCAGUGAUAAAAUUGUAGACCUGCACAAGGCUGGGAUGGGCUACAGCACUAUAGGCAAGCAGCUUGGUGAGAAGGCAACAACUGUUGGCGCAAUUAUUAGAAAAUGGAAGAAGUUCAAGAUGACGGUCAAUCACCCUCGGUCUGGGGUUCCAUGCAAGAUCUCACCUCGUGGGGCAUCAAUGAUCAUGAGGAAGGUGAGGGAUCAGCCCAGAACUACACGGCAGGACCUGGUCAAUGACCUGAAGAGAGCUGGGACCACAGUCUCAAAGAAAACCAUUAGUAACACACUACGCCGUCAUGGAUUAAAAUCCUGCAGCGCACGCAAAGUCCCCCUGCUCAAGCCAGCGCAUGUCCACGCCCGUCUGAAGUUUGCCAAUGACGAUCUGGAUGAUCCAGAGGAGGAAUGGGAGAAGGUCAUGUGGUCUGAUGAGACAAAAAUAGAGCUUUUUGGUCUAAACUACACUCGCCGUGUUUGGAGGAAGAAGAAGGAUGAGUACAACCCCAAGAACACCAUCCCAACCGUGAAGCAUGGAGGUGGAAACAUCAUUCUUUGGGGAUGCUUUUCUGCAAAGGGGACAGGACGACUGCACCGUAUUGAGGGGAGGAUGGAUGGGGCCAUGUAUCGCGAGAUCUUGGCCAACAACCUCCUUCCCUCAGUAAGAGCAUUGAAGAUGGGUCGUGGCUAUGUCUUCCAGCAUGACAACGACCCGAAACACACAGCCAGGGCAACUAAGGAGUGGCUCCGUAAGAAGCAUCUCAAGGUCCUGGAGUGGCCUAGCCAGUCUCCAGACCUGAACCCAAUAGAAAAUCUUUGGAGGGAGCUGAAAGUCCGUAUUGCCCAGCGACAGCCCCGAAACCUGAAGGAUCUGGAGAAGGUCUAUAUGGAGGAGUGGGCCAAAAUCCCUGCUGCAAUGUGUGCAAACCUGGUCAAGACCUACAGGAAACGUAUGAUCGCUGUAAUUGCAAACAAAGGUUUCUGUACCAAAUAUUAAGUUCUGCUUUUCUGAUGUAUCAAAUACUUAUGUCAUGCAAUAAAAUGCAAAUUAAUUACUUAAAAAUCAUACAAUGUGAUUUUCUGGAUGUUUGUUUUAGAUUCCGUCUCUCACAGUUGAAGUGUACCUUUGAUUAAAAAUUACAGACCUCUACAUGCUUUGUAAGUAGGAAAACCUGCAAAAUCGGCAGCGUAUCAAAUACUUGUUCUCCCCACUGUAUCUGGGUAAUGAGCUAAAUGCACACAUCAUUGCUGAAAAUGUUCAAAUCAUGAAUUGAUUGAUACUACUAUAAAUCCAUACAUAUUUACCAUAUGAUGCACAUAUUAUAAUUGGAUAAAUGUUUUUCUAUGUUCCUCAGUUGUCUCUCCUUUCCCCACAGGUCAAAAUUGGGUUUGGACAAAGAGCCAGGAAUGAUUCACUUGGAGACCAGUGUUUCUGACAGACGUGAGUCAUCAUCACAUCUAGGACAUCAUCUUUAAGGACUUUAUUAUAGGGACACUUGGGAUCAUUUACACACACAAGUGACAUCUUCCAUCUGCUAAACAGCCUUUAAAGCAGGGUUCUGCAACUGGCAGCCCAUGGGCCAAAUUUGUCCCGCGGGUGGACUCAAAUAUCACAUGAAUACACAUUAAACAUGACAAAAUGUGUAGAAUUGAAGGAAAUAAGCUUUAAACCUGAAUAAUUAUCUCCACCAACAAGAGGGGUGUGAACUGUUUGUGUCAUGAACAUUGCUUGUGCCCAUAAAAAUAGACAUGGCCCGUGCGCGCAGGGGGGGGGUGGGGGGUGUGGGAUGUUCCCUAAUGCUGGAAAGGGGGCCCGAGUGAAAAAGUUUGGGAAACCCUGAUCAAAGGGGCAAUUGGUCUGACUAGGCUCUUAAGUUGGACGGAGUGUUGAGAUUGUCUGUUCCAUAAGGGCCCCAGUGUUAAUGUCUUGUCCCUGAGGAGAAUGGCUCAUUUGGCUGUAGCUAACACGCAGGGACACUCAUUCCAUCUCUGUUAAUAGUGGAAAUAGAAAUUGGCUUCCUUGCUUUUCUGCUUUCCACUAUCAAUGUAGUUAAUGCUAGACUCGAUUAAAUUGUCCCGAAGCACUUAUUUUCGCCUCGUACAUUGCAUAAAUUAUUUAACGUCUGUUAUAGGGUCCCAGUAUAUAACGUGUAAGCUGCAGAACUGCUCAGAGGCCAACAAAGGCAGGCCUUUCCCUGGAUUUAUCAGCCCUGAUUCCCUGGUGGUUCAGGACCAGUAUGUUUUCAUUCAGGUGGGAAUUUUGAAUGUUUCUGUCAUAAUACAAAUGCACUAAAACUGCUGUGUGAAAAACUUGUAAGUAUUAAUGACAAUAAACCAAGAGAGAAUGGUAUAAAACCAUACAAAUAACACUAUUACAUCAUUAGUCUGUCAGACCAAUUUAGAGUGAUUUACCGCAAAAUGAACUGCUCUAAAUGAAAUACACAUAAUUGGAUUUCUCUAGGUACCAAUGGGUGGCCGGCCUGUCCAUUAUGUGUCUUACAAAAGAAAUACCUUCUUCCCCAUGAAGCUACCUAAGUACAUAUUGCCAAAGGUGGGUUGGAAAUAUUACCUUGAGAUUAAAAUACUUUAGUAUUACUACUAUCAUGUUAUAAAUCCAGUGAAAAUCUGUUUCUUACCCUUUUGAACUGUUUUGAUAUUAUAACACUAAUGAAAAAUAUAUGUUCUUGCUUUUCCUGCUUUCCCAGGGCAAGCUUUAAUGAAAUAAACAUAAAAAGAUGGAAUAGAAAGUAUAUAUAUAUAUAUAUAUAUAUAUAUAUAUAUAUAUAUAUAUAUAUAUAUACAUAUAGUACCAGUCAAAAGUUUGGACACACCUACUCAUUCAAUGGUUUUUCUUUAGUUUUACUAGUUUUACUACAUCAAAACUAUGAAAUAACACAUAUGGAAUCAUGUAGUAACCAAAGAAGUGAUAAACAAAUCAAAAUAAAUUGUAUAUUUGAGAUUCUUUAAAUAGCCACCCUUUGCCUUGAUGACAGCUUUGCACACUUUUGGCAUUCUCUCAACCAGCUUCACCUGGAAUGCUUUUCCAACAGUCUUGAAGUUCCCACAUAUGCUGAGCAUUUGUUGGCUGCUUUUCCUUCACUCUGCGGUCCGACUCAUCACAAAACAUCUCGAUUUGGUUGAGGUCGGGGGAUUGUGGAGGCCAGGUCAUCUGAUGCAGCACUCCAUCACUCUCCUUCUUGGUAAAAUAGCCCUUACACAGCCUGGAGGUGUGUUGGGUCAUUGUCCUGUUGAAAAACAAAUGAUAGUCCCACUAAGCCCAAACCAGAUUGAAUGGCGUAUCGCUGCAGAAUGCUGUGGUAGCCAUGAUUGUUAAGUGUGCCUUGAAUUCUAAAUAAAUCACAGACAGUGUCACCAGCAAAGCAACACCAUAACAUCUCCUCCUCCAUGCUUUAAGGUGGGAAAUACACAUGCGGAAAUCAUCUGUUCACCCACACCGCAUCUCACAAAGACAUGGUGGUUGAAACCAAACAUCUCCAAUUUGGACUCCAGACCAAAGGACACAUUUCCACCGGUCUAAUGUCCAUUGCUUGUGUUUCUUGGCCCAAGCAAGUCUCUUCUUCUUCUUAUUGGUGUCCUUUAGUAGUGUUUUUUUUGCAGCAAUUCGACCAUGAAGGCCUGAUUCACACAGUCUCCCCUGAACAGUUGAUGUUGAGAUGUGUCUGUUACUUGAACUCUGUGAAGCAUUUAUUUGGGCUGCAAUUUCUGAGGCUGGUAAAUCUAAUGAACUUAUCCUCUGCAGCAAAGGUAACUCUUGGUCUUCCAUUCCUGUGGCGGUCCUCAUGAGAGCCAGUUUCAUCAUAGCGCUUGAUGGUUUUUGUGAAUGCACUUGAAGAAACUUUCUUGAAAUGUUCCGUAUUGACUGACCUUCAUGUCUUACAGUAAUGAUGGACUGUCAUUUCUCUUUGCUUAUUUUAGCUGUUCUUGCCAUAAUAUGGACUUGGUCUUUUACCAAAUAGGGCUAUCUUCUGUAUAACCCCCCUACCUGUCACAACACAACUGAUUGGCUCAAACACAUUAAGAAGGAAAUAUAUUCCACAAAUUAACUUUUAAUUAACAAGGCACAGCUGUAAUAAAGGGAAUUAUAUGUUUUUAAAGGAUAUGUAUAUGUGUAUGUAUGUGUGUAUAUGUAUUUAUGUAUAUGUAUGUGUAUGUGUAUGUAUAUAUACAGUGAGGGAAAAAAGUAUUUGAUCCCCUGCUGAUUUUGUAAGUUUGCUCACUGACAAAGACAUGAUCUGGGGGGUAGAAGGAUUACUUUAUCCUAUCCCAGGUAUUCCUUAAAGAGGUGGGGUUUCAAAUGUCUCCGGAAGGUGGUGAGUGACUCCGCUGUCCUGGCGUCGUGAGGGAGCUUGUUCCACCAUUGGGGUGCCAGAGCAGCGAACAGUUUUGACUGGGCUGAGCGGGAACUGUGCUUCCGCAGAGGAAGGGGAGCCAGCAGGCCAGAGGUGGAUGAACGCAAUGCCCUCGUUUGGGUGUAGGGACUGAUCAGAGCCUGAAGGUACGGAGGUGCCGUUCCCCUCACAGCUCCAUAGGCAAGCACCAUGGUCUUGUAACAGAUGCGAGCUUCAACUGGAAGCCAGUGGAGUGUGCGGAGGAGCGGGGUGACGUGAGAGAACUUGGGAAGGUUGAACACCAGACGGGCUGUGGAAUUCUGGAUGAGUUGUAGGGGUUUAAUGGCACAGGCAGGGAGCCCAGCCAACAGCGAGUUGCAGUAAUCCAGACGGGAGAUGACAAGUGCCUGGAUUAGGACCUGUGCCGCUUCCUGUGUAAGGCAGGGUCGUACUCUCCGAAUGUUGUAGAGCAUGAACCUACAGGAUCGGGUCACCGCCUUGAUGUUAGCGGAGAACGACAGGGUGUUGUUCAGGGUCACGCCAAGGCUCUUCGCACUCUGGGAGGAGGACACAACGGAGAUGUCAACCGUGAUGGCGAGAUCAUGGAACGGGCAGUCCUUCCCCGGGAGGAAGAACAGCUCCGUCUUGCCAAGGUUCAGCUUGAGGUGGUGAUCCGUCAUCCAUACUGAUAUGUCUGCCAGACAUGCAGAGAUGCGAUUCGCCACCUGGUUAUCAGAAGGGGGAAAGGAGAAGAUUAGUUGUGUGUCGUCUGCGUAGCAAUGAUAGGAGAGGCCAUGUGAGGAUAUGACAGAGCCAAGUGACUUGGUGUAUAGCGAGAAUAGGAGAGGGCCUAGAACUGAGCCCUGGGGGACACCAGUGGUGAGAGCACGUGGUGCGGAGACAGCUUCUCGCCACGUCACUUGGAAGGAGCGACCGGUCAGGUAGGACGCAAUCCAAGAGUGAGCCGUGCCGGAGAUGCCCAGCUCGGAGAGGGUAGAGAGGAGGAUUUGAUGGUUCACAGUAUCAAAGGCAGCAGACAGGUCUAGAAGGACAAGAGCAGAGGAGAGAGAGUUAGCUUUAGCAGUGCGGAGAGCCUCCGUGACACAGAGAAGAGCAGCCUCAGUUGAAUGACCAGUCUUGAAACCUGACUGGUUUGGAUCAAGAAGGUCAUUCUGAGAGAGAUAGCAAGAGAGUUGGCUAAAGACGGCACGCUCAAUAGUUUUGGAAAGAAAAGAAAGAAGGGAUACUGGUCUGUUGUUGUUGACAUCAGAGGGAUCGAGUGUUGGUUUUUUGAGAAGGGGUGCAACUCUCACUCUCUUGAAGACGGAAGGGACAUAGCCAGCGGUCAAGGAUGAGUUGAUCAGCGAGGUGAGGUAGGGGAGAAGGUCACCGGAGAUGGUCUGGAGAAGAGAGGAGGGGAUAGGGUCAAGCGGGCAGGUUGUUGGGCGGCCUGCAGUCACAAGUCGCAAGAUUUUAUCUGGAGAGAGAGGGGAGAAAGAAGUCAAAGCAUAGGGUAGGGCAGUGUGAGCAGGACCAGCAGUGUCAUUUGACUUAACAAACGAGGAUCGGAUGUCGUCAACCUUCUUUUCAAAGUGGUUGACGAAGUCAUCCACAGAGAGGGAGGGGGGGGGGGGGGGGUAGGAGGAUUCAGCAGGGAGGAGAAUGUGGCAAAGAGCUUCCUAGGGUUAGAGGCAGAUGCUUGGAAUUUAGAGUGGUAGAAAGUGGCCUUAGCAGCAGAAACAGAUGAAUAAAAUGUAGAGAGGAGGGAGUGAAAAGAUGCCAGGUCCGCAGGGAGUCUAGUUUUCUUCCAUUUCCGCUCAGCUGCCCGGAGCUCUGUUCUGUGAGCUCGCAAUGAGUCAUCAAGCCACGGAGCUGGAGGGGAGGACCGAGCCGGCCGGGAGGAUAGGGGACAUAGAGAGUCAAAGGAUGCAGAAAGGGAGGAGAGGAGUGUUGAGGAGGCAGAAUCAGGAGAUUGGAGGGAGAAGGAUUGAGCAGAGGGAAGAGAUGAUAGGAUGGAAGAGGAGAGAGUAGCGGGAGAGAGAGAGCGAAGGUUGCGGCGGCGCAUUACCAUCGGUGUAGGGGCAGAGUGAGUAGUGUUGGAGGAGAGCGAAAGAGAAAAGGAUACAAAGUAGUGGUCGGAGACAUGGAGGGGAGUUGCAGUGAGAUUAGUAGAAGAACAGCAUCUAGAAAAGAUGAGGUCAAGCGUAUUGCCUGCCUUGUGAGUAGGGGGGGACGGUGAGAGGGUGAGGUCAAAAGAGGAGAGGAGUGGAAAGAAGGAGGCAGAGAGAAAUGAGUCAAAUGUAGACGUAGGGAGGUUGAAAUCCCCCAGAACUGUGAGGGGUGAGCCAUCCUCAGGAAAGGAACUUAUCAAGGCGUCAAGCUCAUUGAUGAACUCUCCAAGGGAACCUGGAGGGCGAUAGAUGACAAGGAUAUUAAGCUUAAAUGGGCUAGUGACAGUGACAGCAUGGAAUUCAAAUGAGGAGAUAGACAGAUGGGUUAGGGGAAAAAUUGAGAAUGUCCACUUGGGAGAGAUGAGGAUUCCUGUGCCACCACCCCGCUGACCAGAUGCUCUCGGGGUAUGCGAGAACACAUGGUCAGACGAGGAGAGAGCAGUAGGAGGAAGCAGUGUUUUCAGCGGUAAUCCAUGUUUCCGUCAGCGCCAAGAAGUCGAGGGACUGGAGGGUAGCAUAGGCUGGGAUGAACUCUGCCUUGUUGGCAGCAGAACGGCAGUUCCAGAGGCUGCCUGAGACCUGGAACUCCAGGUGGGUGGUGCGUGCAGGGUCCACCAGGUUAGAGAGGCAGCAGCCACGCGGUGUGAGGUGUUUGUGUAGCCUGUGCGGAGAGGAGAGAACAGGGAUAGGCAGAGGCAUAGUUGACAGGCUGCAGCAAAUGGCUACAAUAAUGCAGAGGAGAUUGGAAUGAAAUGAACUAAACAUCUGGGAAAGGAGAGAGCGGGGCCUCCCUCACCACAACUCCCAAAUAUAACUCUCCCAACUUCCACCUCAGAAACUAUAAUUGUUUCACUGAAACACCCGAAUAUAACUCUCCCAACUUCCACUUUAGAAAUUAUAAUUGUUGUAAACUACAGCGGUUCAAUGUUUCUAGGAAUAGACUCUAACUUACUUUAUUCAGCUAGCUAACUUGGUACAGUAUUCUUCCAUGAAAACCGCCCAGGGCACCGUAUCCUAUGACGCCAUAGCUAACUAGCAUGCUAGCAUCCAAUAACACACGGUUUAGCACCAAUACUUGGUUACAACAAACUACCAAUAGUGUGUUAACACACUAAACAGAUCAUUCGUGUCCGUGUCUAGUUCCUUUCAUAACGCAGCAAUAAUUAAACGUUGGCUAGCUAGCACAAAGUCAGUCAUGCUAGCUACACAAGUGGACUACACAUCUCGAAUGCUACACAAGUGGACUACACAUCUCGAAUGUUCAGAAAGGGAAGCUUCUAAAGCCAUGACAUCAUUUUCUGGAAUUUUCCAAGCAGUUUAAAGGCACAGUCAACUUCGUGUAUGUAAACUUCUGACCCACUGGAAUUGUGAAACAGUGAAUUAUUAGUGAAAUAAUCUGUCUGUAAACAAUUGUUGGAAAAAUUACUUCUGUCAUGCACAAAGUAGAUGUCCUAAUGACUGCAACCUAAGUGCAUGUAAACUUCCGACUUCAACUGUAUAUAUAUAUAUAUAUAUAUAUAUAUAUAUAUAUAUAUAUAUAUAUAUAUAUAUAUAUAUAUAUAUAUUUGCGAGAGAAGAAAAAAACAUAUGGGGGAUUGGAAGUGAUGCAGACAAUUACAUUGAUGGAAGUUACAAUCUAUCUGCAAUAUAAAAAAUUAAAAAAAGAUACAAAAAUGUCACGAUCGUUAUUAGAUGGGACGAACCAAGAUCCCACAAACUAACUGGUGCCAACAGGCUGCCUAAGUAUGGUCCCCAAUCAGAGACAACGAGCUACAGCUGCCUCUGAUUGGGAACCACCCUGGCCAACAUAGAACUAAACGAUCUAGAACAAAAAACAUAGAAAACUAAACAUAGAAAAUCCACACCCUGGCUCAACAUUUCAGUCCCCAGAGCCAGGGCGUGACAAAAAAGAAACAAGUUACACCUGUUAAUUGAAAUACAUUCCAGGUGACUACCUCAUGAAGCUGGUUGAGAGAAUGCCAAGAGUGUGCAAAGCUGUCAUCAAUGCAAAGGGUGGCUAUUUGAAAAAUCUCAAAUAUAAAAUAUAUUUUGAUUUGUUUAACACUUUUUUCGUUACUACAUGAUUCCAUAUGUGUUAGUUCAUAGUUUUGAUGUCUUCACUAUUAUUUUACAAUGUAGAAAAUAGUAAAAAUAAAGAAAAACCCUUGAAUGAGUAGGUGUUCAAAAAUGUUUGACCGGUAUUGUAUCUCUGGGUCUUCCUUUCAUGUGGAGGUCCUCAUGAGAGCCAGUUUCAUCAUAGCGCUUGAUGGUUUUUUGCGACUGCACUUGAAGAAACUUUGAAAGGUCUUGAACUUUUCUGGAUAAACUGAUCUUCAUGUCUUAAAGUAAUGAUGGACUGUCGUUUCUCUUUGCUUAUUUGAGCUGUUCUUGCCAUAAUAUGGACUUGGUCUUUUACCAAAUAAGUAUAUCUUCUGAAUACCACCAUUACCUUGUCACAACACAACUGACUACCUCAUGAAGCUGGUUGAGAGAAUGCCAAGAGUGUGCAAAGCUGUCAUCAAGGCAAAGGGUGGCUACACUUUUUUGGUUACUACAUGAUUCCAUAUGUGUUAUUUCAUAGUUUUGAUGUCUUCACUAUUAUUCUACAAUGUAGAAAAUAGUAAAAAUAAAGAAAAGGUAGGUGUGUCCAAACUUUUGACUGGUACUGUAUGUAUAUACAUAUUAUAUAUACAUAUUAAAGGAAAUAUUUCAAGAAUGUAUUAAACCUUCCACAUAGGAAUCCCAACACAGAACUGAUGUACAAACAUCAUACUAACAGUAGAAUAGUUGUACCGUUGUUUACAGAAUUACCCCACUGGAUACAGAAAUCAGUUCAACAUCUAGUUUUGAUUGACAGUUUAUUUAGUUGUCAACUAAUGAAAAUUGAAUGUGAAAUCAAAAGAAAUGACAUACGAUGUCAUUGGAUAUAGGUUAAAAGUUGGGUAAAAAUAAAAGUCUAACAUUUCCCAAAUUGAUUUACUUUGAUGACUUUUUGUAAAUCCUCCAAUCAGUUUUCCACGUUGGUUCAACACCAUCACAUUGAUAAAAAAAAUUAUGAUAUGGAAAAAACGUUUAUUCAACCAGUUUGUGCCCAGUGGGACCACUGGUUUUGUAUUGGAUUAUAUUGUAUGGCAUGGUAUCCUAACUCAUUAUUCCUUUUCCAGGACUUGCAGAUAAUCAGCAUUGAUGAUAACCAGGUGGUAGCAGCAGUGCAGGACUGGCACCAGAAUGACUCCUACAACCUGUACAUGUCAGAGGCCCGUGGACUCUUCUUCACUCUGGCCCUGGAGAACAUAGUGAGCAGUGUGGGACCAGAGGGCAACGUCAUGAUAGACCUCUAU